AUAACUUGAUUGUUGUUUCUAGUCAUGGAAGAAGAAGACUCAUUCGCUAACAGAUUCUCCAAAAAAACUAAUCAAAUGCCUAUGUUCCCUAUUGGAAUGGCAGCCUUUGGGUGUAUAGCAGCUUAUGGACUAUACAAAUUUAAAAAUCGUAAAGGACCUAUAUCGUUAUAUCUUAUUCAACUACGGUUAGCAGCCCAAGGUUCAGCAGUUGGAAUCAUUGGUUUAGGUUUAUUUUAUAACAUUUAUAAAGACCUUGUUGAACCUAAGUUUAAACCUUAAAUAAGUAUCUAAUUUUAUGAAAUUUGAUAGUAAUGUUGUGGCUUUUUAAUAAUUAGUAUUAAUAUAGGUAGUUAAUUUAUUUUACCUGUUUAUUAUUUAUUGUUGUAAUAUAGUGUUACCAAUGAAAUAUAAUUAUUUAUUGUUGUAUGAUUAAAAA